UGGAGCGGCCUGGUCCCCGAGGGGAGGUGGGGAGUUCACUCUCCCACCCAGUCUCCACCUUCUAACUUAUUUUUGGGAAAUACUAGUACUUUUGGUAGCUCGAGGGAAGGUGCCUAUUGGAGAAGAGGCCCGUAUCAUCUGCGAUGAAGCGCUUUUUUUAUUUUCUUGGCAUUGAAAGUAUCGGAAACACGCCUCUGAUUCGAAUAACACACGACGUCUACGGGGAACGGUUGUCAGAAAGGGGGACGGUUGGUCAUGGUACAAAUGGUACAACGGUUGGUACAAAUACUAUCAAAUACUAUCAACAGUGUCUGUUGUGUAGACAAGGAAGUGGAAUAUUGUAAUUUAUUUGACGAAAUUAUUUUAUCUGUAUAUCCCGCUUGCCGAGCGUUCCCGGUCCCUCACCCACCCUUCCCUCAUGUCUCGCUUCAAAACGCUUCCGCGCCGCUGACAAAGUUUUGUUGUGUUUGUCGGCUCAGAUCAUUGUUUUUCUUCAACUGUCCAUUCACACAUUGCUAGGAUAUUUCCUUAAGUGUCUGCUUUCCGAUCACUUGCAUAUUAGUGUGUUUUCGUAGCGUUGUAUGCACUUUAAGCAAUAUCAGGUGUUGCUUAACUCGUACAGGAACGAUUGUGGUUUUUUCAGCGGAUGCAACACGGCGUGAGUCCUGGAACUCGCGAUAUAGGUAGUGUGAUUUUUUUUCGUUCACACUUCGCUUUAUAUAGCCCCUUCAGAGGAACACAAAUGGAAUAACCGAAAAAUUGUUCUUCUGCCAUGUCAGACUAGUGUCGUGAAAGACGAUUUAGCACUUAUUAUUAUGAGUGCGAGGAUUUGACAGAAUUAUUGACCUCGCGUGCGUCUGAAACUUAGCAUAAACAUUUGUCAAGCAGCCUUGCAUAUAUCAAAUGGCAAAAGAUUGACAGCGACGAAGACUAUGGUGGACUCUAAGUUUCUCGUGGUGACAACGCUUUGCUAUGUGGGGAUUUUCGGCGUGAUUUUCAUCGUUUGUUGUUGCGCUUGGACGCGGCACUUGAGGAAAGAGGGUCGAGGUUAUUCUUCGAGACUUCGAAACAAUCCAAACAGAAGACCUCAUCGGCCACAACUGCCGGAGUACCCACAUGUUACACCUUCGACACCGAUUUAUGCACACCGAGGCAACCAGUUCGCAGAAGAGAAUUUCCAAGACGGGAACACUUACUUUCCAGUCGGUCAAAGACCGCAGCAUGUUCAACGAAAUAACUUGUACCCAAUGGCAGGUCAUUACCCAAUGUUUGCAUACCCACGGGGAAACUUACUUCCCACAAGCGUGACAACUAAUGUGGAUGUAACUCUGGAAGUGAACAGUAUGACAUAUGGAGAAACAAGUCAGGGUGGGUUUUCGGGCGAAGAUUUUAGUGACGCCACAAGUUCAAGGUUUGAUGGCGGUGAGAGUGCUUUUACAGAAAAUUUGGAAGAAAAGUGCCACGACCUAACGCCCAGGACUAUUUCGCCUUCUGCCGAGGGACAACAUGACGAAAACGAAGCUGAAAGCGACGACUCUAGUCAAGUCCGUCACCUCAAAGAAGUAACCAUUUAAAGUCUUUAAAAGGAUUGAAAUUGGUGUUGAAGAAUUUUGCUCUGGGGAAUGCAAAAUAAUAUCGAACGAAUGAGAAGAAACGUUAUAUGGUAAAAUAUAGAAAGUCAAGAAAUCGUUGCGUCAAACAAGUUUUUUUGAAAGGGAAAUAACUUUAUUUCUUCCUGAAUGGCCACCCACUGGUUCAAAUUGGAUUAUACAAAUGAGGAAAAAGGUAGCAUUAUUUUACCAAGUGGAUGAUCUCAGUUUAUUUGUCAUCGUUCAUUAGCAUAUCCUGUUCUUUCUUGUUCCUUUGGGUUAGCGUUUUUCCCAGCUGUGCCACGGAAGCUUAUUGCAGCUUUAAAUGUUUGGUUAGCAUAACUUGAAUUGAGAAUUAAAGUCUUAGUUAGUGGUAAGCUGUAAGUUAUUCAAAGUUUAUACUCAGUCAGACACAGACAGACAGUAACAAGCUUCUUGGUUUGAUUGGAUGGUAAGUUUACUAUCUGUGGAGAUUACUAGAUGAAAAUCCACAAUCUAUACAGAUUUAAUAACUCUGAAAUCCAUGGCUGAAAAACAGAACUGAUGGAGGUCAUGCAAACAAAAAAAUUCUUCCUUAUUAAGAAUUUUUUUAUCUUCACAGUUUUUUUUUGAAUGAUCUUUUUCUUUGGUAUCUUUUUGACUUCAAUUCAAUUUAAAAUGAUAAUUUAAUGUAAAGUUGUCAACUGAUAAUGACAUAUAGACACCUGCUGUUAGUAUCAACAGAAUGACAACAGAAAUCACAACAGGCCCACCAGUUGAAUGAAUAACUCAUCACAGACGAAACAACAGAUAAAAAAUCUAUUCUUAUCUUACACACAUUUUUUUUGACAAGUAAUUUUAAAAUUGUGCUAUUUUGGAAGAGAGAUUUGGAGAAUAAGUAAAAAAAAAUCUUUUAUUAUUAUUAGGCAACUUUCUUUUUUCGCAGCAUCAAAUUUUUUAAUUUAAGGAAAUCUCAAAAAAUGUUGAAAUUUUAUGCUUUGGCAAUUUUGUGUUAUAAGGUAUAAGAGCAAAAUAAGAUGAAAAAUUCAUCAUAGAAAAAGAGGCUGUUGUUAAAUUAUACAAAUUAUCAGUUUUACCACUGCCAAAAUAAAAUUUUCCACUAUAAAAUAAAAUUUGAUUGUUAUUAAAUUUAAUAAAACAACUCUUCUUGUUAAAAUUCCAUACAGUUAAUUUGUUUGCACACUUAUUUUAAAACUCAUUAACUCCCAAGACACAAAGUUCUAAAUGGUAAAUACAGGGUAAAUAUAACCCUGAAAUUUUAUUUUUCAGAAUGUUAAAAAAACAAAUACCACAGAAAGUACAAUACUAUUUCGCUAAUUUUGCAAGGUCACACAAAAUAAUAGUUUUUUUUUUGUGAAAAAAUUAGAAACACCUUAUCCAAUAUAUAAACAGUACCAGAUAUAUGUACAUUUGAAUGGUCACAUACCAGAGUUUCCUCCUCUGAUAGAACAAAUACCUAAACUUAAGUGCCAAAGAUAGACUUAAGACUUAACUUUACUCUGAUGUUACAAUAUGUAAUGUUCUUGUCCAAUAUGCUACAUUGAUCUAUUUUUUCAUUAUUUUUUGUUGUAACCCAGAAAUGAAAAUACAAGUUUUGUUCAUAGAAAGAAACUACUAUCAGUAACUGUUAUUGUUAUAGUUUUAUUUGACUAAUGGAAGAUGACUGCAGUAAAGAGAAACACAUAAAAAUGAAAUAAAAUAUUGCUGGCUUUC